AUGAUUACUCAUCUGGCGUGGAGGAGCAGCAACGCGUCUUCUGAAAGUGGAACGCCUGCUUCAAGAAACGGUGGUAAUGCCUCAAACCAGUACCAAAAGCUUUCGCAAUUGGAACAUAUUUUGAAAAGACCAGAUACAUAUAUCGGAUCUGUCGAGAAAAAUGAAGUUGAGAUGUGGUGCUUUGAUGACGCGUCCGAGCUGAUGAUGUUCAAGAAAGUGACCAUUGUACCUGGCUUAUACAAGAUCUUUGAUGAAAUCUUGGUCAAUGCUGCCGAUAACAAAAUCAGAGACAAAUCCAUGAAGAACAUCAAGGUAGAAAUAGAUGCCGCAGCAAACACUAUUCUGGUCAUGAAUGACGGUAAAGGUAUUCCUGUGGAGAUCCAUGACAAGGAAAAUAUCUGGAUUCCAGAGAUGAUUUUUGGAAACUUACUUACGUCUUCUAAUUACGACGAUGACCAGAAGAAAGUCGUCGGUGGAAGAAAUGGAUUCGGUGCCAAGCUCUGUAACAUAUUUUCGACAGAGUUUGAGCUCGAGACAUCAGACCAAACUACAGGUCAACUUUAUAAGCAAACAUGGACUCAGAAUAUGCUGAAAGUGUCUAAGCCGCAAAUCACCAAGGUGAAGAAUAAGCGUGAAUAUACUAAGGUCACAUUCAAGCCUGACCUCGCUAAGUUUCAUAUGGAAAUUCUCGAUGAAGACAUUCUUUGUGUUUUGCGCAGAAGAGUAUACGAUUUGUGUGGUACUGUUCGAGAUUGCAACAUUUAUUUGAAUGAGAAAAAACUCCCAGUAAAGAGCUUCAAGGGAUAUGUGGAGAUGUAUGUCAAGGCAAUAAAUGAGAGAAGCCCAAGCUUAAGUAUCGAACAGGAAGCCAACAACUACACUUCCAUAGUUCAUGAGGUGAUUAAUGACCGUUGGGAGGUAGCUUUUGCCGUGAGUGAUGGUACCUUUAAUCAGGUGAGUUUCGUGAACUCGAUCGCGACGACAGCAGGCGGAACACACGUUAAAUACGUAUCCGAUCAGAUUAUUGACAAAUUGAUGGAUGAGUUGAACAAGAAGGAAAAAGGAAAAAAAAAAUUGAUGAUCAAAGCGCCUCAGAUCAAAAGCAACAUGUUCAUUUUCAUCAACAGUCUUAUCGAAAACCCUGCUUUCACUUCGCAGACAAAGGAACAACUCACUACCAGAGCAAGUCAGUUUGCCACCAAGCAAAAGGACAAGGUGACAAUCACUGACCAGUUCAUCAAGAAAAUAAUGAAAACUAGUAUCAUUGACACCAUUAGGAGUAUUGUCGACGCAAACGAAGAUAAGGCUUUACAGAAAGAGGAUGGAAGAAGAAAGACGAGAAUUAAGGGCCAGGUCAAAUUGGUGGACGCCAAUAAGGCUGGAACCAAGGAGGGGUGCAACUGUACAUUGAUUUUGACAGAAGGUGACUCUGCUAAGUCCUUGGCAGUCGCAGGCUUUUCUGUUGUUGGAAGAGAUUACUACGGUUGUUUUCCUCUUCGUGGUAAGUUGUUGAACGUGCGUGAUGCAUCUGCUGACCAGAUUGCUAAGAACGCAGAGAUCACGGCUUUGAAGAAAAUCAUUGGUUUACAACACAAAAAGCACUACACGAUUGACAAUGUCAAAGAGUUGAGGUAUGGCCAUGUUAUGAUUAUGACUGAUCAAGAUCACGAUGGCUCGCACAUCAAAGGAUUGCUCAUCAAUUUUUUCGAAUCGAGUUUUCCUGGUCUUCUUAGCAUUCCAGGAUUUUUGCUUGAGUUCAUUACCCCAAUUGUCAAGGUCACUAUCAAGGGAAGAGGCCGCCAGGACCUGCAAAAAAUUUCGUUCUAUUCGAUGCCGGAAUUUGAGUCUUGGAGAGACACAGAAGGCCAAAACGUUCGGUGGUCCCAUAAAUACUACAAGGGUUUGGGUACAUCUACGCCCGCGGAAGCAAGAGAAUAUUUCUCGCGUUUGGAUAGUCACUUGAAAGAAUUUCAUGCUCUUCAAGAACAAGACCCGAACUUGAUAGAGUUAGCUUUUUCCAAAAAGAAAGCCGAUGAUAGAAAGGAGUGGUUACAAGGCUUCCAACCAGGUACUCAUCUUGAUUCUGAAAUGAAAGUGAUUCCCAUCAGUAAUUUCAUCAAUGAGGAGCUCAUUUUGUUCUCAAUGGCGGACAACAUCAGAUCUAUUCCUUCAGUUCUCGAUGGUUUCAAGCCUGGCCAACGUAAAGUCUUAUUUGGAUGCUUUAAGAGAAAUCUUGUCAACGAAAUGAAAGUGGCUCAAUUGGCUGGUUACAUCGGAGAGAAGACCGCUUAUCAUCAUGGCGAACAGUCUUUAAUGCAAACAAUUAUUGGCUUGGCGCAGAACUUCAUCGGUUCGAAUAAUAUGAAUUUGUUAAAACCAAACGGUGGGUUUGGUACUCGAGCUGCUGGUGGUAAAGACUUCUCCGCUGCAAGAUAUAUUUUCACAGAAUUGAACGAGAUCACAAGAAAGGUUUUCAAUCCCUUGGAUGAUCCGUUGUACACCUACAUUCAAGACGACGAGCAAACAGUGGAGCCGGAGUGGUAUCUACCUGUCAUUCCUAUGCUUUUGGUAAAUGGUGCUGAGGGUAUUGGCACUGGCUGGUCUACAAACAUUCCUUCAUUCAACCCUGUUGAUUUAGUCAAUAACAUUAGAAGACUAAUGGAAGGACAAGAGUUGGAGGAGUUAGUGCCAUGGUAUAGAGGAUGGGAGGGCGAGAUUGAAAAAAUCGACGCCGGAAGAUACAAAAUCAAGGGUCUUAUCGAACAAAUGGAUGCGAAGACUGUGGAAAUUUCGGAAAUUCCAGUCAAAACAUGGACCGACAAUGUUAAAAACUUCUUGUUGGAAGCUAUUGAGAAUGAUAAAACUGCUUGGAUUAAAGAUAUGGAGGAACAACACACUUCGAGAAUCCGUUUUGUGGUCAAAUUGACCGAGGCAGAGAUGGCUAAAACACGAAAAAUAGGGAUGCUUGAAAGGUUCAAACUCGUAUCUACCGUGUCAAUGUCAAAUAUGGUCGCUUUUGACUCCGAGGGAAGGAUAAAAAAGUAUGAUGAUCCUAAUCAAAUUUUGAGAGAUUUCUACUUCGUGCGCUUACUCUACUACCAAAAGCGUAAGGAUCACAUGACUGAAGCUUUGCAGAAUCAGUUGGUCAAGUUGAGUGAACAGGCCAGGUUCAUCAAGUUGAUAAUUGACAAAGAAUUGAGUGUUUCCAACAAGAAACGAACAGUCUUAGUUGAGCUUCUUAGGCUGUUGAAGUUCACUCGUUUUGAUAAAAAGGGCCAACAAAUUAAGGAUGAUGAUUCUUGUUUGUUCAUCGAAGAUGCGGAGAAAACGUUGAAGGAGGAAGAGAUGGGAACAGGUGACAUGGAUCUCAUCAACGAGCAAGGUGUGAACCAGAUAGAAUCGGAGGAAAAUGUCCAUGUACCCGAGAACAUCUAUUCACAUUACGACUACUUGCUUGGAAUGUCACUUUGGGCAUUGACUCGCGAAAGAUACGAGAAAUUGCUAGAGCAGCGUGACGAGAAGGAGCAAGAAUUGAACAUCUUGUUCAACAAAAGUGCCAAAGAUUUGUGGAAUGAAGAUUUGGAUGCAUUUUUGGAAAGUUGGCAAAAAUUCAUGGACGACGAUGAGUUUGAGCGCUCGAAAUUGACCAGUGGCCCCGGUCUGAGAGCAUCUAAGAAGAGAAGGAGAGUCAAAGCUGAUGCAAAAGAUGACGACUAUGGAGCCGCGAAAAAGAAGCCUGUAAAGAAGUCAUCGACUGCUACAGCCAUCAGCAAGAAAGCCGAUACCUCAAAGGGCAACGUGAAGAAAGCACAAGGUACACUUCCCUUCUCCAAAAAGGAUUCUGCACCCCCAGAGGAUAAUCUUCCCACUUUUUUUAAGAAGCCUCCCACCAAUUCUUCAACAGAUUCGAAAGCCUCAGAGAAGUCGAAGAGAUCAUUUUUUGAUUCAGAUGAGGAUGUUGUGGUUCUAUCCGAAGAUGAUGAUGCCAAGAAACCUUCGACCUCUACUGCAAAGUCUCAGGGUGUUCCCAGUGUCCAAGAUGAAUUGGAUGAUCUUAUUAUUGUGAACGAUAAAGCUCCUGGGAGACGCAAGAAGGAAGUCAGCUACGCUGUUGAUGAUUUCAUUGAAACGGACGAGGAAGAAGGCGAGGAAGAAGACAAAGACGACGACAGCGAUGUCUACACUGAUGGCGAGUAA